UGUCGGCCAGCCAAUACACACAAGGAAGAAACCAUCAACAAGAUAACAGAAAGACGAUCAAGCAGUUUCUAUCUGCGCAAGAUUUCCUUCGCCUGCUCAGUCAACAUAGCAUUCUCUGGAUCUUGCCAGGCAGUUUUCUCAAGAGGCUCUCAUCCUACAGAAGUGGAGACGGUCUGACCAACACAGCACAGAAUCAAAAUGUCAGACUUCCCUGAACUCGAAGAUUUCUCGAACGUGGCAGCUUCGAACGAUCCACAGGCGGACUUUCUGGCACGAGAACGGGCCCUGCUCGGUGAUGAAUUCGGAGCACCACCAGAGAACUACCAAGAGACAAUACAGGUCAAGCAGGACGAUGAUGAUCAGUUCGGCCUAGGCGAUUUCUCUUCUGCCCCCAUCGAUCACCACCCUCAACCCGCCGCCCCUCCUCCUGUCUCCACCACCGGUGCCCCUGAUGAACUGGCAUCCUUCCAGGACCAGUAUCCUGAUAUCAGCCAUGAUAUCCCUGAUCAAACCAACGGAUUCGACGCACCAGCACCUUCACUCUAUGCAAAUCAAUCAUCAGCCUAUGCCACUCCAGCGGUAUAUGCCCAGACGCAGACAGAAGAAGAAUCGCCAUUCAUUAAGGAAUGGCGAACUAAUCAGGCGGAAGAGAUCCGAGUGCGCGAUGAACGAAGUGCGGCUAAACGUGAAGAAACUAUCGUGGCGGCCGAGAAGGCGAUCGACGAGUUCUACCAUGGUUAUAACACCGAGAAACAAAAAAACAUUGCCAAGAAUAAAGAGGAAGAGGCGAAAUUCAUACAAUCCAGGAGCGACAAACUUGCACAAGGUACGACAUGGGAACGGAUUGCAGAGUUGAUCGAGUUACAGGACUCUCGCUCGAAGACUUGCGGGAAAUCUGCCAAGGAUCUCGCUCGCUUUAAGGAGAUCUUGCUCAACUUGAAACGUGAUGGCCAAAACGCCCCCGGCGCUGCUGGCUUUUAAACCCUUCUUCUUCCUCUUUCACCUCGCUCCUGAUCUAAAUCACUCACUCCCUCUUACAUACAUUCUUCUUCCUCCUCUUCUCUCUAUUAAUUUUUCUUCAUGUCUCUAAAGGUCCCUCUUUUUUUCUUUUCCUCUUUUUUAGUCUUUGAUCAGAAUCUUGUUUUUAACAGAAAAGAAAAACAGAAAGAUGAGUAGAAAUUUGGUUUGUGUCCACCAGACAAUGCUGGUGUGUUAAUAGAAGUGACAAGAGACAUAAAUGUCAACACAGGCAAAGCUCAGAUACACAUAUAAGUUUAUUAGGACAAUGUUGUGGGUAAAUGUGUCCCAAUCACCUUCCAACACA